GGGGGGGCAUCUCAGUGUGGUCUUGACUGAGGUGCGGGUGAGACGUGUGUUUGUGUGCCUCUUGCCUCCCGUGUACAGGGUUUUUGUAGGCCAGCUUACGUGCCUCAUAGCGCAAAGAGAAGCCAGAAAGCGAGGAGAAGAGAGGGAGAGAAAGAAAGAGAGAGAGAAGAGAAAGUGUGUGUGUGUGAGCCUAGUGCAUCCUACCUCAGUGUACACCUAUACCAAAGAACACACGUAUACACACACACCUGAGUUGGAGUUAAUGAGCACAGGUGUAUGUGUGUGUAUGGUCGCAGUCUCUCAGGUGUCCUUGAAAUCAUACGAACUGGGUACAAGGUUUGGACAAGUUUGGAUUUCCUGUUCUUGGGGGAUAACGAUGAAAAUUAGUGAGGAAAAGUAGAUAAAGGAAAGGAAAAGGAAAAGAAAGCCUCCAUUAUGUGUUUUAUGGAUUGGUGAGAAAUCCGUGAAUGGUGCAGAAGAGGAAGAGGAGUGGUAAAAGUGUCAUGGUGGAGAGGAAGUGGAAGAAAAAGGAAGAGGAGGAAGAGGUGCUGGGUACAGAGGUCAGUGGUGGUGGUGGUGGUGAGGGUGGCGUGUGGUGGUGGUGUCGGCGGCGGAGGUGGUGGUGGGUGAGGAGGAAUAUCAGAGGCGGUGGUGGUGGUGGUAGUGGUGGUGGUGGUGGUAGUAGUGGUCGGUACCCCAAAAGAGUUAAUAUGCUGCGUGGGAUUGUGCCUGUGAUGUGUGGAUAAAACAGAAAACGAGUGUUGACUACUACUACUACUACUACUACUACUACUACUACUACUACUACUACUACUACUACUACUACUACGAUUACGACUACGAGUGCUAUAGAAAUGCCAGUGUAGUGUGAUGCAAGUGGAAUUUCCUGGCUAGAAGAGGUGGAGGACAGUGGAAAAGGGUACCGGAAUCCACCAUCACCAUACCACCACGCCCGUUACCACCCAUUUCACCACCACCCACCUUCAUACACGCUCGCUACCAAAGCCACCUUAACCCAACACCAUAACCCAGCACCAUAGCAAGUACCCACAUCGCACGAACCUUUGAAAUCAGUACAAAAACAUUAGAAAAACCGAAGGAUGUGAAAAUAGACGUACUCACCAUAUCGCUCAAAAUAGUACAAAGAAACGAACUUAAACUACUAUUUCUACCACUACUACUACUCCUACUACCACUAUCACCACCAUCAUGUCACUCCACCUAACCUCUCCUAACAACCUCGGCACCGUCCGAAACGACACAUCCAAUCUACUGGUGUGUAACAAAUGGUGGAAAGUUUGCUUUACCUACGGCGACCAGUACAAACAAUACCGCCAUCUGUACUCCAAGAAGACACGGCUUGCCACGCUCAGAAAGGAGGAGGAGAAGGAGAAAGGCGAGAAGGGCAAGGACGAGAAGAAGGAGAAGGAACCGUUCGUGUGUCAAGAUGGCCCAGUGGUGCUCAAAGGCCUGGAGAAGUGCUGCCAUCUGGGGGAGAUUGGAAAAGUGUGUCGGAACUGUAAGUGCUCGCGCGAGGACCAUUGCGGAGGCGAGAUGACCACCAACACCGCCCACACCACCACCACAGCCACCACCUCCACCACAGCCUCAACCACCACGCCCUCCUCCACCACGCCCACCGCCCUGCCCCCCUUACCUCACCUCGAUGCCCACGCCUCCCCGAGAAAGGCCGCCGGGGUCCUGGGUGGGCUGGUGGGCUCGGAUCCGCAGCGUCACAGCCACAGCGAUGACGACUCCGGAUGCGCCCUUGAGGAGUACACUUGGGUCCCGCCUGGCCUCAAACCCGAACAGGUUCAUCUCUACUUCUCAGCGCUGGCGGAGGACAAAGUGCCUUAUGUCAACUCAGUGGGCGAGAAGUACAGGAUACGACAGCUCCUUCACCAGCUUCCCCCCCAUGACAACGAGGUUCGCUACUGCAACGGUCUGAGCGAUGAGGAGAAGAAGGAACUCCGUCUCUUCUCGGCGCAGAGGAAGAGGGAGUCCCUGGGCCGAGGAUCCGUGAAGCAGCUGCCUGUCAACCUACAUACGAGCAUGACCUGCGCUAACUGUGGCGAGGGCGUGGGCGGCGGAGACAUCGUGGUGGUGGCGGCGCGGGCUGGUCCCAACGCCUGCUGGCACCCCGCUUGCUUCAACUGUCAUGUGUGUCGAGAGCUUCUGGUGGACCUUAUUUACUUCUGGAAGGACGCCCACCUCUACUGCGGCAGACACCACGCUGAGUCGCUGAAGCCCCGCUGUGCCGCCUGUGACGAGAUCAUCUUGGCGGACGAGUGCACGGAGGCCGAGGGGCGGGCGUGGCACAUGAAGCACUUCGCCUGCUUCGAGUGUGACCGGCAGCUGGGCGGGCAGCGCUACAUCAUGCGGGAUGGCCGGCCCUUCUGCCUGCAUUGCUUCGACGCCAUGUUCGCCGAGUACUGCGACACCUGCGGCGACCCGAUCGGCGUGGACCAAGGCCAAAUGACCCACGAGGGCCAGCACUGGCACGCCACGGAGUCCUGCUUCUGCUGCCACACGUGCCGCGCCUCCCUACUGGGGCGUCCCUUCCUGCCCCGCCGCGGCGCCAUCUUCUGCUCCAUCGCCUGCAGCAAGGGCGAACCUCCAACGCCCUCGGACAGCACCUCCAACACGCCCGUGGCGCCCACUGCUCCACCCCUUCGCCCUGGCGACCCAGACCGCCGCACGUCCCUCUGUUACGACGCCUCAGACUCCACGCUCACCUCAGUGACUUCCCCGCUCGGGGGGCGGGGCAUUCGACCCCCGGGGCAUGACUCCUCCGACCUCAGUGACGGAGCGUCGCCCCUGCCCGCUCGCCGCGCCGCCGCCCCGACUCAGGCCUUAGCUCCGGAUGGCUCAACUGGGGCUCGCUCCCCGCUACCCCGCCGCCAGACUGGGGUGUCCCCUACACCGGAGGCUCCUGCCAGCACCCCUGAGUCCCCGGGGCCUCGCUCCCCUCGCCUCAGCCGCAGGACCUCUAAUGCCUCGGGCCCCGCCGCUCGAGUGGCCCGUGAAGACUCCUUCCUGUCGAGGCCUCGUGUCCAGGCCGUGUCCAGGGAACCCUCUCUCUGCGGACCCCAUGGGGCACAGCCUCCAGGCCUACCGUCCCCACCGCUCCCUGGCAGCCCCCGCUCCGGGCCUCUCAGUGAUGCCGCCCCCCAUUCCCGCCCCGCAAGCGAGGGUGUGGCCUCCCCCGCCUCGCCCCGCUCGCCCCGUCCUCCCAGACACCCUCUUGAUUCCCCCCGUGGCCUCUCUGACCCAGGCUCCUCUCGGGUCCCCUCGGAGGUGGGCGGCUCUCGCGCCGCGUCUGAAAUGGGUUCUCCUCGCCCUGGCCUUCGCACCCUGGCGGCCGUUGGAGGCGGCGAGGAAAGUCGUGGGCCGCUGAUGCGUUCCCCUCGCAUGGGUCGCAAGGCGCUGCAGCACUCCCCUCGCGGGGGUCGGCGCGCCGACGCGGGCACUGUGUCCUCGUCGUGCCAGACUUCACCGCCGUCGCCGCCUUCACCUCCUGGCUCUCCACCCCAGCAACCUGCCACCUCCACGCCUGCGGGCGAGGGCAGUGGACUUGAUCGUUUGGUGCUGGAGCGGUCCUUAGGUCGCUUGUUGGCCCAGCGAGGCCUCACGCUGUUGCGGGAGGCGGCGGCGGGAGGAGGGGGAGGCAUAGAGGCGCUGCUUCAGGCUCCCGAUGAUCUCUCGGGGCCCGCGCGUCGCCAGCCCCUUGACCUCUCCGCUCUGUCCGACCUCAAUUUGGAGGCUCUGCUGGCGCCGGGCGAGGCCACCGCCCACACGUCCAUGCCAGACCUCAGUCAGCAAGGCGAAUCCUCCGCCUCAUCCUCGCCUGCCAACACGCCCACCCCCGGCCCGCCCAGGAAGAGCUCCCUCUCCUCCCGACACAAGGAUCGACACAACCGCUCAGUUAGGUUUGACCCCGCUCAGGUGGGCGCCGAAGCCCCCUCACGCCCCUCCCAUGACGCCCGAGGCUCCUCGUCCUCCUCUUCCUCCUCGGGCUCGGCGCCCACCGCCCUUGAGGUUCCCCCCGCGGACGGUGCAGCGUCCAGGUGCCGCGGACGACGUCACCGAUCCCACAGCUCCAACGGCUUCCCGCGUUCCCGCUCCUACUCCGGCACGGCGCCGCCUGAAGGAGGCUCCGGGGGCGCUGCGCCCCGCAAGGCCCCCUCAGCCCCGGGACUGGAGGCGGCACCUUGGGACACUGAGUCUGUGUGCUCCACGUGUUCGUCUUCCUCCUCAGACGAGUUUGAUUACGAGUUACCGCCGCGUCGUGCCUACGGCGGAGUGCGUAUCAGCUACGUGCCCAACGAUGCGCUGGCCUACGCGCGGCGGCAGGCGGGGCAGGCCCAGGGCGGAGCGACGGGGCCCAGUUCCCCCUCGCCCCGCCGCAAGGCGGGCGAGAAGGACAAAAACUGUAUUAUCUCAUGAUGUCCGCCACUCCCCCUCAUCCUCGUGGCCUCCCCGCUGGCCACAGCCAAGUGCGCUUAUGUGUGUGUGCAUAUGACAUUGUGUGGUGUGCCUCGCCCCGCCCCCCGCGACGCCGCCAGCACGCCCCCCUGCGGCCCCCCGCGGCUCCGGUUACUUGUCUACCUCGCGCCCUGACGCCGCUCUCCCUGCGAGAGUGUUCGUACAGGUCCCGCCUCGCCCCGCCCCACCUGUCGCGACACAGUUGUAAGGAAACGUGUUCGAGAAGCCCACGAGAGUGCCAAGAAUAUCGUCUUCCAGGCCUUGUGUGUGUGUGUGUGUGUGUGUGUGUGGCGGCGCACGGCAGCCACACACCACUGGUCGCGUGUGUUACGGGUCUUGUGUGACGUGAUGGAGGAGGGUCUUGAGUGUCCCUUCAAGGUUGUUCAUUGUUACUGUUCCCGUUCUUUUGCUCCACUAAGUAUUAAUCUACAGUGUAACUUUUGUUGUGUACAUUUUGAUGCGUGUAAGUACCUCGAGGUAGACUAGGCCAGCCAAGCCUGUAGGUAGUUCAAGAAGUUUGAAUACUCAACAUUACUUUAAGUUUGUUCUGUGGAUUCUUUUAUAUAGUACAUACAUUUCCAUUCCUUCCAAAGAUAUUUUUUCCUCUCUCUGACUUCAGUUUUCACCCUUUCCAACGGGGUUGUGUCUUCCUCUUGCGCGGUUCAAACCAAUGAAGCUCGAACUGAAGCUUCAUUUGGCAGUGUAGUGCAUGGCUUACCUUGUGUUGUGUUCUAUCCUGACUCCAUCACAUCUGCCCAUUCUGUCUUCCUCUCCUCACCAUCUGCAGAGGCUAUAGUCGAUUCACAACCCUCACAUGAGCUGCUCAGUCCCUAAAGUGAGUGUGCAUGCAGUGUUUCUUGAGUCCAAAGUAACGGGUGUCAUUGUAUACUUUGGUGUCCUUUCUGUCCAUGGCCCCGUGAACACCAGAUUGGCUUGGAACGUAACCUGACCCAGUGAACACCUAACCUAGCCAUACCUUGUGAACACCUAAUCUAACACUUAACACCUAUUUAGCACAAAAUCAAAAGUGUUCUAUCAUUGUGAGCACCUAACCUAACCUGGCCCUGUGAACACCCAGACUGGCUUGGAACAUAAUCUGACCCAGCGAAUACUUAAGCUAAACGACCAUACCUUCUAAGCACCUAACCUGACCUAGCCCUGUGAACACCUAUUUGGCUUAGAAUCAAAGCCCCCCCCCUCCCCUUUCCUCACAUGGUUACUCCCCAAGUUAGCCUUUCCUCAGUAUGUCAUCUGAGGUUAAAGUUCUAAAAAUGGAAUUAAAAGGCUAAUAUUUAUACUAACUUUGCAGGCCACCUCACUGUUAGGUUUCUGAUAUCAUUUUUGGAUUGGUGUUUAUACAUAGAUUUACACAUAUAUUCAGACCACACAGAGCCCUUUAUAGUUUCAUGUUUGAUUCCAAGUUAGUUUACCUGAGGAUAAUUUGCUUUGUUGUGAUGGGUGUUAAAAAGAUCAUAUCAAAACAAGGAAAACUUUGGUGCAUGGACAGUUAGUAUAUGUGCUAAAUUCAACCUAAUUACAAGGGAAACCUGUAAAAAAUUGUGCCUUCGAGUAACAUACAUCACCUUUGAAAACAACAUUAUCUUACAAUGGAAAAUAUUUACUUUGACUUUUUUAUGUUAUUUAUCCAUACGAGGGAAUGUUUCGAUAUCACUUAUGCACCUGACUCCCCUUACCUUACUUUACUAACCUUUUUAAAUUUCAAUAGUUUACCCUUCAUUAUAUUCUUUUUCCAUCUUUCCUUCCUCCUUAUCCUUACCUCUUAUCCUUCUUUUGACCUGUUCCGCUCUGUAUCGCUUCUUAGGUCCUUGAUUUUUAUUCACACUCGGAUACUUCUCUUUGCACUAUCCGUUUCUUUUCUUUGGAAGGUUUUGGAAAUAAUGAUGUGGCAAGAUUACGUCAACAGAAAAGUAUCUAAAAAAAGACUUCCGUAAUGAAUGAAACGCCUUUUUUGUGUUCCGUCAAUGUCAUUUCAGAUUUGACGCUUUUUUAAGGUGUCAUGUGUGAGCAUAAAGAUAAUAGCUACCGUUUUUGAGGUUUGCAAGUGACCAGGUGUGUUGUGGCAUACCUGGGGAGCAUUGUUAGAGUCUUGCCAUGUCAGUCGUGUUCUCAGGUGUGUGUGUGGGAGGCAGGUGUGGGGCAGGUGUGUCGAUUAACGAGGAUAUCACCUUAAAAGUGUGCAUGCUUGUGAUAGGUGUGUGUGUGCAGGUGUGUGUGGGUAUGUGUGUGCGCUGAUGUGCCUGAUGUCUUUUUUUUUUUAUGUCAGCUGCCCACCAAGUGUUCAGUAUUGUUUACAAAAAAGAGUAAGUUUGUAUAGUUUGUAAAAUUUAUCGACAAAUGACAUUUCUCUCCACCCUUCUUCUUUCCCCCUCUAUUGUUUACUAUGGCUGUGUCUCUAUCCAAUGAAAUGGUUGUAAGGGAAUUCUGCUUUUAAAAGUAUUACCUAAAAAAAUCUGGGCUAUAUUGAUUUUGUUAUUAGGUAGAAAGUUAUAAAUAUUCUUCAGUGUUUGUUAAAGUGGUAGAAUUCUCUCUCUGUGUCUCUCUCUCCGCCACUGAAACCACUAGGCAUUAUAAAACACUGAUGUAUUUUGCUUUUUGUAUUGCUGCAAUGUCUGUCACUAUUUGCUGACAUUGAAAAUUCGGGCAAGACCAAAGCAUAUAGAAAAGAUAUCCGUUAUGGCAGCUAUGGCAGAAGUUGUAGUCAAAUCCACAUCGAAAUGACGGGCUUCCAGAUUGUGUCGUGUCCUCGCAUAUUAUAAACAAAUCAUGGCCCAAAGAUUAUGUGCUUGAAUUGAGUCUUUGAGGUGUACAUUCUGGUGUCCUUGGGCUGAUAAUCUUCGGUCAUAGUUUACAUAAGAAGUAAUCGGACACUCCAUAUGACCAUUAAAGAGAAAAGUUAGAUUCCCUCAUAACAAAACCUCAUUGGUAUUGAGGCAUGGCUGUAGUGUUCCUUUCCUCCCCCUGAAGAAGUUUGUAUAUUCACUGUAUAUAUAUAUUUUAGUUUGUUUUGUAUUAUAAGCUUUGAUGCAGUUUGUUUCCUGUAGUGUGCCGAGACCGCAAGCGAGUUGUUUAUAUGUGUAAAGACUUGAACAUAUUCCCUGUAAAUUAGCCUUGCUUUUAAAUGGGUUAGUGGUUUGUAAAUAUGCUACUGUUACUACUACUACUACGUCUACUACUGUAUUGCCGCUGCUGCUGCUGCUGCUCUCGCUGCUGCUGCACUGCUGCUACUACUGUUAAGAUAUGAGAAAAAGGAAUAAUAUGUUCUCUGAUA